AUGGAACAAAAAAAUCAUAAGUGGAUCUUCAAGGUGCUUGCUAAGAACAACGCUCGUGUUUCUCUUCUAGAUACUUUUUUCGUAAAAAGUGGGACCCUCGAGUUUUUAAUUUAUACUGGCAAUGAUGGCUGUGUUCAUCAAAAACUUCCACGAGAUCUGCCCUAUCGGAAUUUAGGCGACCUGCUGAUAAAUUUGAAAAAAGAAUUCAAAGCAUUACAAAAAGUCACACACAUAGGAAAAUAUGUUUGCAUAAUUGUAGGCAGAAACUUAAAAGUUAAAUUAGACCUUUCAGGCCUUAAAGAAUACAGAAACAGGUCACAAACUUUUUCACUACUUGAAUAUCUUCAGAAAAUCAAGCCUCACAAUAGAAGUGAAGAAGGCUGGUAUUCUUUGACUUUGACAUAUUUUUUACGAUAUUAAUAUCGAUAUUAAACUAUAUAGCAAUUCUCUAGCAUGCCUAGUCUAUAAAAAUGCAUUGAUAAUAAUAUAUAAUGAAUUCACCCUUGCUCAAUAUAUACUGAGAGAUCUUAUAAAAGUGAAUUUUUCUGAAAGGAGUCAGAUAAAAUCAUCCCAAGCACACAAAGACUGGUAUAUGAAAUGGCGAAAAAUAUCGCAACUUCAGUAAUUAUUCUUGUUGAGAAAGAAGAAGAGGACAGGAAAAGAGUAGUGAAAUUAGAAUUGAAUUUGUCACUUGAUGACCUAGGCGUUUUAUGACUCAUGAACUGCAAUUGCAUUUUAAACUGAAAAGAGGAAAUGAUGGGAAGCGAGGCAAAAGGAAGUGAAAACUUACCAAAUUAUGAUAUAAGGUCUAAAAUUAGAAAAAGAACAUUGUAUAAGGAUAAAAAUGAAGACUCAGAUAAACCAAAAAUCAUAGCAAGUGACUCACCAAUAAGAAUAAAAAGCCCAAAUGCUUCUCCUCAUAAGGCUAUUUCGAAUUUAAACGAAGAAAUAUCUCAAAGUCAUCAACUGAAUCGUACUCAUUCAAUAGUUUCUUCAAAGCUGGCUUUUGGCUUAGAGCAAAAGCCUUCAAACAGCGGACUUUCUCCUGAGCAUCGUCGCUCAAAUCGUUCUAAAACAACGCAAUAUACCCCAUUCUCAUUCCAUGCUAUAAGCUAACGAUGACCCCCCCUCAAUCUUCAUGUCUAUUGCAACAAAAAUGCAAUUUUUUAAUAUAAAAUUUUAUAUAAAAAAAUAAUAAUUUUCAUGUCUCUUGCAACAAAUUAUAUACAUUAAAAUGGCGACCGUAUCAACCUGCCCUCUUGGCGCAGGAGUCCAGACCUUAUAGCUACAGCGAACUGGAACGGACUCCGACCGAGAAUCGGACGCAGGCUCAAGAAGUGUGUAUUCGGGUAGGUUUUAGCUCAACAACGUCCUUGGAUCCGAGGACCCAUGGGUAUUCCUCUAACAAGAAAACUGGGGGUUUCAUCCCAGACCACAGGUAAACAGUCUUUUUCCUGUAGCUGUCGAAGAAAUGCACUUUGACAUCCAAUAGACUCCAAGAGCUGAUCCUUGGAAUCAAGCUACUCCAAUCACCCAUAGCAGGGCCUCAGAAAUCCAUAAGCCGCCCACUCAAGACUGAACUCCCAAGGCAAGGAGGAGACAGAAGGUACCGAAGGGCACUCGUAAGAGGGAUAGAUCCUCCUUGGGCUGGAGUCGAAAAGCAGUAGAACCUUCCGUACAGGAGAUCUUUAAUGACUGCGUCACCAAUAUGGCUAGCGCCUGUUUGUAAUAAUCCUAAUCCUCUUGCAGCAAAUUUUCGAUGCGCAUCUUAAAUUUUUCCGUACUUUUUAGCUAGAUAAGUUUAAUAAAAUGGCGAGCGAUAGCAAUAGCAGUCCAAAUCUCGAUGAGAAGGUCAUUGGCACACCUACAGUAGGCUGUUUUAUGGUUUUUUGAGAAACUCACAUAGAGAAAAAUGAAUUAUUUUUUUUUAUAAAAAUGUUAUGCUGCAGUAGGCAUGAAGAUUUUUUCGAAAAAUUUUUGUUGCAGUAGACAUGAAGAUUGAAGGGAGGGGGUCAUCGUUACAAAUUUUUGCCUGAUGCUGAUAUAUGCAAAAAUACCAAUACUUCUCUAACUGAGCAAAGCUCUCUUGCAGAAGAUGACGAUUCUUUGUCAAAUUGCAGCAUCAAUGUUCAUUUUUUAGAAAUUUUGGGACGUGAAAAAUGCAAAAUUAAGAGCCGUAUUGGUAAUCCUUUGAGAAACCCAACACCUGGGACAGAAGAACUUAAGCAGGAAAUGAGGAACAUCAGAGAAAGAAUAAGAGUUUUUGAAGAAGAAAGGUCAGCUAAGAGAAAUAUUCAUAAAAGCAUGAGACAAAACUCAUGAGCUGGCACUAAAAAGAUUAAGCCAAAUACAAUGAAUGAAAAAAUAAAAAGAGCUGACACCAAAACACAUCUACAGCCGAUCAAAGGAGAGGAUUUUUUGUUAUCUCCUUUGUCUAGCGUAGACACUCCAAAUUCUCCUGUGAAACUAAAACAAAUGGCCCAAAAGAUUAAAAGUCUCAGCCGCUUCAAAUCGAAAACGCCUAAAUGCUUGCCUAGUCUUAAUUAGAGAUUAUCAGCUGCUAAGCUGUUACUUGUUAACGCAGUCACCCAGACCCCCUCGAGGGUUCCUCCGCUUUGCGACUUCCGCCUACAGGACUCUGAUUUUACAGCUAACCUGUUCUGUUUGGUCGUCUCCUCCUUGCAAGCUACAACCUUGCUCCAGUCUUGAGUGGGCAGAUUUAGGAAUUCUGCGGCAUUGCUUGAGGCUGCGAGCACGAGGUUGCCCAUUCCGAAAAUCUGAAAAACAAAUUUUCUGGUAGGGCUGUCGGCCAGAAAGGAAAUCCAAGCCCGGGAUGCAACGCCCAGUAUCGCGCUAGGGAAUUGCCCGAUUGAUCAGGAGGUGACUCCUGACGCUGCUGAGCUUCCCCUUUUUAACUUGGAAGACCCUUCCUCCUCGAGGUAAAAACCCUUGGUGACAGAAUGAGCUGCGGUCGACCAAAUUCGACAUUGCGCUCCACUGUACCAAGGUAAAACCCAGCCGGAUACACAUUCCGAGCGCCUUUCCCCUUCCACAAGGUCCCCGGAGUGUCCGGCUACAGGUGUUGAGGAAAAGGGCUGGCUCUCCAGUCGCCAUUUUUAUGUAUAUAUGCUUGCCUAGUCAUAUUAUGCAAUCUCAAGGAAUUGUAAUGCAUAAGAAGUCCCAAACAGCGACCCAUAGCCCUUUAAGCAUUAAUAAAAAGACAUCAAAAAAUUCUAAUAAAAAUCCAUCUCUUCCAGCACUACUGAGAAUUACUUCACAAAGUAUCCAAAUUCCUAAAUUCCACACUUUUGAACUGAGUCCAGUACCAACUUUUCAUUCUAGAUUUCGAUCACUUCAGGGAUAA